AUGGAAAAUUUCGAUAAUAAUCAAAAUAUUGAAGUAGUACAAAUAAAAAAGAGUUGGUCAAAAUAUCUCAUUGAUUAUCUAAAAGAUUUUAAUUUUUAUAAAUCAAAUUCAAAUGAUAUUGAAACGAUGUAUAAAGAACGAUUAUCAACUCGUUUAUUUAUCUCUUUAUUAUUUAUAAUUAUGAUUUGUAUAAUUAUUUAUUCGUCGAUUUUAUUACGUACAGUCAAUAUGACGAUUCGUAAUCCUUCUGAAAAGAAAUUUAAAGAUAUAUAUGAUAAAUAUCCUAAUACUUUAACAUGUCCAUGUUCUUAUACAAGUCCACAAUAUAGUGAAUUUGCUAAUUUUCAAGUUAUCAUUCAUGAAGUUUGCAAUAGUGUAUUUAUUUCACAACAAUGGAUUAAUGAAAUUUAUAAUGUUAAUGUUUCAUUUAUUCCAUCAAAUGAUAUUCGAACUGUAUUGAGUAGUUUUUGGCAAUUAGUUCGUUCAUUUUGUAGUAUAAUAAAUGUUUCUCUUGAUGAUGCAUUCAGUGAAUUUCAUUCAAAUAACUUAUUGAGUCUUUCUGCACAAUCUCAACAAUUAUUAGAAACAAAAAUAAAAGCAACUUUAGAUUUCGUAAUUAAUUCAGCAAUAAUAAAUCUUAAAAAAAAUCUAGCUAUUACAUGUGAAACAAUUUCGAUUAAUGAACCAAUAUCAAGCUUAGCUACUAAUUACUUCACAUAUAUAAGUAGUAUAAACGUAUAUACCACUCCACCAAUUGGUAUUGAUAUAAAUGCAACAUCUUUUGCAGAUGGCUGUUCUUGCGAGAACCUUAAUGGAUGUUUACGUUCGGCUAUUAUUUUUGAAUCUGAUGAAAUAUUCAACUUUGCAAAUGUAUCAGGCAUUAUGUUUGAUUGUUUACCAUUAGAUGGUGCACUUGCUUCAUCAUUUGAAUGUUUCUAUGAAUCUUGGUGUUUAUCAUUAAUUAUGAAUGUAUCAAAGACUAAUAUGAGACCAGAGCCACUUCAUAUUCAAAGUCGUUUUGAACAUAACACUAGUUUAAAGAAACUUUUAGAUGAACUUAUGAUUGAACAAAUAACAAUGACAGUUAAUUUUUCAUCUUAUUAUUCUAUUUGUAAUCCAAAAUAUUGCACUUAUUCAUAUAUUCAUAGAUUCGAUAUACUUUUCAUCAUUACAUUUACAGCAGGUGCAUUUGGUGGUAUAUUGACAGUAUUAAAAUUUAUAGCACCAUUUUUGAUCAAAUUAGCAUAUUGGAUAUAUUCAUUAAAAAACAGAGAUGGUCCACGUACUGAUUAUAAUAAAAAUCAAUCCACCAAUCUAAUUCUAAGUAAGUUCUUUCAUCUUUGCCGGAAACUCCUUGGUUUUACGUGUGAUUUAUGCUUAAAUGUUGGCUAA